AUGGCAUCUGGCAAUAUUGACCCCUCCCGCUACGGCCCAGGCCUGCACAACACUGAACAUUGCCACAUUGUCAAGACGCUCCUUUCUCGUGGCCACCACGAAGCUCUCGGCAGCUGCCCUCUCUACAACGACCAGGACAAGUACUCUUGCAAUGGUCACCGAGUCGGCUGCUGGCGAGCCAUGCGCAUUCGACUCUAUCGUACUUUUGUACUGGCAUGCACUGUGCGCCUUGACCAGUUUCGCGCCGUCCAGGCCAAGCAGUCUGUCGAAGACAUGAUGGAAAACCUCGGUGAUUCGAGCCGCAUUUUUGAAGGCGGUUACUGUGACUCUCCCUUUGUGUGCAGCUGCUUCCCAGGCGUCAAGAGGGUCUUCGCCCUCAAGGCUGGCCAUGUCGACACCACCCCUGUCGCCCACGGUGUAGCUUAUGAUACCUGGUGGGAGUUGGUCAGCGAGGAGGUCUGCCCAGUGCAGACUGAGGAGUCCUUUGAUGAUCCAACUGCCGUUUUGGAGCAUGCGAUGAACUCAAUGGAAUGUUCGGAUACGUGGGGCGAGCUUAUUGAGAAGAUGGAGCAGUUUGGCGAGGGGGACACUGAAAUGACUGGUUGA